AUGCCAUGGCAGCCAUCGCCGCUCUUCGCCGUCUUCCGCCAACAACGCCUCGCUUCCUCCUGGGCUGCCGCCGUCGCUGGCCACGCGCGCUCCGGUCGCCACGCCGCCGCGCUUACCGUCUUCCGCCGCGUCCUCCGAGCCCACCCCGCCGUCGCUACCUCCGACCACUUCGCCUAUGCCGCCCUGCUCCGCUGCCGCGACCGCCGCCUCGCCUACCAGAUACACGCCCAGGUGUGCCGUCGUGGGCUGGCCGCCUCCAACCCGGUCCUCGCUUGCUCUCUCCUUGUCUUCUACGACGACUGUGAGGACUGGAGCAGCGCCACCAGGGUGUUCGCCGAAAUGCCGCGCCCAGACGCCGUCUCUUACACCGCCAUGAUCUCCGCCCUCCUCCGCGCAGGGGACUGCCACGGGGCGCUCGCGCUCUACCCGUGCAUGCUCCCACUUUGCGCGCCCACCCAGCACACCUUCUCCAAGCUGCUCGCCCCCUGCGCCUCCAUGCGCUUGCACCGCCACGGUACCCAGCUCCACGCGCAGCUCCUCCGCUGGGGUUGCUGGGGCCCCCACCUCGGCCUGGUCCUCAAGACCGCGCUCGUCCACAUGUACGCCACUUGCGGCGCCAUGGUCUCUGCACGCGCCGUGCUCCACGCCACUCCCGAAACCGACGUCGUGCUCUGGACGGCAAUUAUCACCGCCUACACGCGCCGUGGCCAGCUCCAGCCUGCUAUGCUGGCGUUCCGUGACAUGGAACGCUCCGCGGUGCCUCCCAAUGCCUUCACCUACGCAGCGCUCAUUGCUGCCUGCUCCGCGGACCACUCGCUGCAGAUCGGACAGCAGCUCCAUGCCCGCCUCUUCAAGUCCUGUCUGGAGCACGAUACCUCUGCUUGCAAUGCGCUCCUCGACUUGUACAGCAAGUCCUCCGCACGUCCCCUCGACUUACUGCAUGCUUUCCAUGCGGUUGACAGGCCCAAUGUGGUGACCUGGACUUCCUUCAUCGCUGGACUCAUGCGCCAUGGCAGAGAACAAGAGGCGUUUGCGGCAUUUGCUCAUAUGCGGGCUACCGGGGUGCAGCCCAACUCCUUCACCCUGUCUACUCUUCUGAAAGGCUGCACCACUGCACAUGCAUGUCUGCACGCUGCAAAGAUCCAUGCCUAUGUGCUCAAGACCAGCUCUGAGUCAUUGGACGCGGCUGUUGGGAACUCGUUGGUUCAUGUGUAUGCAAGGUCUGAAAGACUGGAUGACGCGUGGGAGGUGGCUACCACAAUGUCCUUCGUGAGGGACAGAUUCACAUACACGAGCCUGGCCAAAGGGCUGAAUCAGAUCGGGCUUCACCACAGGGCACUCGACUUGAUACUUCGCAUGUUCCACGAGGAGGUUAGUAUCGAUGGUUUCAGCCUAGCUUGCUUCCUUUCUGCUGCUGCGACAUUGGCAUCCAUAGAGUCCGGGAAGCAGCUGCACUGCUGUGCAGUGAAAUUGGGAUUGAGCGGUCAGGUAUCUCUCUCCAACAGCCUUAUAAACAUGUACAGCAGGUGCAAGUGUCUGGAGGAUGCUAAGCGUGCUUUCCAGUCAAUCAGGGAACCCAGUGUCGGGUCGUGGAAUGCUAUAAUCUCUGGGAUGGCAUUCAACGCUUCGUACACUGAAGCGUUGUCAGUUUUUGAAGACAUGAUUUUGGCUGGAGCUCAACCUGAUGGGGUCACUUUCACAGUUGUGCUUUCCACCUGCAGCCGUGGUGGCUUAGUUGACAUUGGCAUCAAACAUUUCAACUCUAUGACGAAUUUGUUUGAUGUUUCCCCACAAAAGAGCCACUACACAUGGUUCCUGGAUAUGCUAGGACGAGCAGGCCGCUUUACAGAGGUGGCACACACCAUCGAGGCCAUGCCCGUCCAGCCAGACAUAUCAAUUUACAGGACCCUGCUGGCAUAUUGCAAGCUCCACAAUGCACAGGUGGUUGGUGAAUAUAUUGCCAAGAAGGCACUAGAGUUGGAUCCAUCAGAUUCACUCUUACGGAAUAUGCUUUCAGGCAUCUCCUUGGAUACAAGAUCACGGUGA